UGAGAACUCAUAAUGGAGCUGAAAAAUCCUUCAGUACUUCCUCAGGCUUCUAUCUUAUUCUUCCUUCUUCUUGUUCUUCUUCUUCCUUCUCUGAUCUGUGCUCAAAUCUGUCAGAGAGCCUGUGGGAAAGACAUUCUGAAAUACCCUUUUGGAAGUGGCCCAGGUUGUGGUGAUCCUCGCUUCCAACCUUAUGUUUCUUGCUCAGAACAAAGGCUUACAUUCAAAACUCACACUGGUUCUUACUAUGUCAACUCGAUUGACUACACGAACCACGUCUUGUUCAUCUCAGACCCUACCAUGUCCACAUGCUCCUUCACUGUUCCCAGUAAAGGAUUUGGCCUAAACUCAGAUGCUCCUUUCACUUUUGACGAUUCCACCAUUUUUGCUCUGUUAGAUUGUUCUAAUAACUCUUCAUCUAUUUGCACACCAAGUGAUUUUAAUGAUGGGGAUAAUGCGUUUGGGAAAAGUUCUAAGCUUUUGUGUGACCAAAGCACACCAAUUUGCAGCCUUCUUUACUCUUGCAGGCCUAUCAGCACCAUCAAUAUGCCUAUAUCUUCUUGCUGUGUUUAUACUCCUGUGAAUCUUGGUCCUUCUUUUGAGAUGGAUUUGCAGAAACUUCAAUGUGCUUCUUAUUCUGGGUUUUAUGGAUACAACGAUCAGCCAUCUGAUCCUCAGAAAUGGAACUAUGGGAUAGCUAUCAAGUAUAAGUUCAGCGUCACUGAUGAUUUCCCACCCCCUUGUGCUGCUUGUGAGAGAAGCUAUGGAGAUUGUGGCUACUCAGGACCCUCCAAUUCUUUCAUCUGUAAUUGUCCUAAUGGAAUCAACACUACAAAUGAUUGUUACUUCCCUUCUUAUAAUAGUGCUCUCGGCAAUGGAGUUGCUUGGUUGAUCCAUCUCAAGUCCUGGUUACUGGUUUGGUUCUUCUUGUAAGUUGACAUUACUGGUACUUGUGUAGUCAAUUUCACUAGUUUUGAAGGGGGAAAAAUAUCAUGUGGGACUUUUCUAGUCAAAGAGUGAGAGGACCAUUGUAAUUUCCUCUGUAGCAAAUAAACCCAAAUGAAAGCUAAAAUAAAAAAAUGCUGUUCUUUCAUGAUGAUUUCUUUUAGUCGAGUCCACUUUGUAAUAUAUAUGAGACUUGUCAUUAUUGUUGUAAUAUCUAAAUUUGCGAUGUUGCUCCGAGAGUUUUGAAUUCUUCUGACUCUGACUCAAUUAUUGUGAGCAAAUUCAAA